GAAAACAGAAUCCCAAACCGGUCAUGGAGGCUAGUUAACGACUGUGCGCCGCGCUUGCGAAUAGUAAUUUCAUUGAGAUAUUGUGAUAUUACGCGACGCCAGAAAAUCGACGAAAAGAUCGCCAGUUUAAACGAAAAUGGGUGCAUACUUGUCGGAGCCGAUUACGAAGAAAGUGUCGAGCGACGAGGUAGGGAGGAAUGUCGCAUUCGGCGCGAGUUCCAUGCAAGGCUGGCGAAUUAGUCAAGAGGAUGCACACAAUUGUUGCAUAGAGUUUGAUGAAAAUGUUUCCCUAUUUGCUGUAUACGACGGUCACGGUGGACACGAAGUGGCAACUUAUUGUGCACGUAAUCUCCCAGACUUUAUUAAACAAACUGAUGCAUACAAAAGAGGAGACAUUAGACAAGCUUUGAUCGAUGCCUUUCUUGGCUUCGAUGCCACUCUUGAGAAACCUGACGUAGUUUCUAUUCUCAAGGAGCUCGCAGGAACAUCCACAUCAGAUAAAAAGAAAGAUGAUUUAAACGAAUCUGAUGAAGAAGAAAAUGUUAACAAUCUAUGUAUGGAAGCAACAAUGCCAUUGGAAGAAGUGAUGGCAAAAUAUCAAUCGGAAUCAAGUCCUCUCGUAAAAAAUCUGAAAAAUGAAACAUGCAAUAAACGAGUUUGUUCGGCGAGUCCAUUCUUGCGUGGUCGCAGAGGUAGAGAAAAAGCAAGUUCAUCAUCUGGUGCAGGUUGUUCAUCAUCUUCUUCAUGGAAUACAAAUGAAACCGACGUGAGCAGUUCCAGCCAACAGUGUGGAUCAACAUUGUCCAGCACGAUGGAAAGAAAGGAAUCUGAAUGUCCUGGAAGUAAUGAAGCUGAACAAGUUCUCGAUUCAACAACUAGUAAUGGAAAUGUACAUGCAUCUCCACCGGUUGGAUCAACAGCAGAUGUCGAGCCAACAAAAAGUGUGGAUAUGCCUGAUAGUUCUGAAGACAUAGACAAGAAAGUAUCAAGUCCUGGCAAAAUAACAUCUGCAGAAUCAAAUGCAAAUGAAGUAGAAGUAAAUGGUGCAGAAUCAAAACGAAUCGGAGAUGCAGACAGUAGUAAGAGUGGGGGUGAUAAUGUAUCAAGUAGUUCAUGUAUUCCUGUAGAAAAUGGGGAUGCAGGGCAGCAAGAACGAAUAAGCAGUACCGGUAGAAGAAGAAUUCAACCUAUUACUUUAUAUCAUACCCUUCUAAAAAAAGAUGCUGUAGAUUCUGAGGAAGAUGACGAUGAUGACGAGAAUGAUGAAACAUUUGAUGGAAUCCCAGAAAGUAUCAGUGAUGAAGAGGACACAGAAGAUGUUGAUGAAGAUGAAAGUGAUGAAGACGAAGAUGAAGAAGACGAGGAUGGAGAUGGAAACAUUGAUGAUGAUGAUGAUGACGAUGAUAGCGAGGGCCUUAUGAUGGACACAGAAGAGCCAGGUUAUGAUAGUGGAUGCACGGCAGUAGUUGCAGUAAUGAAGGGCAACGAAUUAUAUGUAGCAAAUGCUGGAGACUCUCGUUGUGUUUUAUGUAGAGGUGGCCAAGCAGUUGAACUUAGUUUAGAUCACAAGCCUGAAGAUGAACCAGAAAUGGAACGCAUAGUAAAAGCUGGUGGACAAGUCACAGCUGAUGGUAGAGUAAAUGGUGGCCUUAAUUUAUCAAGGGCACUCGGUGACCAUGCAUAUAAACAAAACGUUGAUUUACCGGCACAAGAGCAAAUGAUCUCUGCACUUCCGGAUGUGAGGCACAUCACAAUCGAACCAGACAAAGAUGAGUUCAUGGUGCUUGCCUGUGAUGGCAUUUGGAACUUCAUGUCGAGUCAAGAUGUUAUACAAUUUAUCCGUUCUCGCCUGACAAACAGUUACGACAAUCUUUCGAAAAUCUGCGAAGAGCUAUUCGAUCAUUGUCUCGCACCUGACACCCGUGGAGAUGGUACUGGAUGUGACAAUAUGACAGCUGUAAUAAUUCGAUUUAAACACGAGGUUGACACCGUAACAAACAGUACUACUGUCGAAGUAUGUACUGAUAAGAGGGCAUUAUCGCCAUCUGUACCCACAGAAGAGAAUGACUGUGUUACACAAGAAAACACGACAACACCUUGCAAACGUCCUAAAACCGAAGCAACUAUGUGAGAUUCGUGUUAAAUGUUAUAAACUGAUCUCUGGGGACAGAUGAGUGAAUGUGAAUUUAUGUAAAAUGCUGUAAUUCUAUUGAACUGUGAAUUUUGAACGGAUACUCGACGGCGAUCAAUACAGUUACUUCAAAUAACAUGUAAAGUAAUCUUAGUGCUGGCUAUUGGUGGCAGACUGAUGAGUUGGAGCACAUGAGGAUGAUAUUUUACUGGUUACAUCAUCGUAUUAGAAGUCUACUAUGAUGUGAAUGAAUCUUUUUGUUGAAUGGAAAUGAACAUUCAUCUUUUAAUUUUUACGCGAAAAUCGAUGACUUAAAAUAGUUUCAUUGCAUUUGUUACACUGUCCAAUAAAUUAAAACUUUUUUUAGGUUUUGCGAUAUCCAUUAGGAGAUUCUUAUAGUGUUCCUCGUUCUAAAUACGAAUCUGGAAGCCAAAUUGGUCCAUCACCCUCAGUUUUCAAAAAACGCGAGGUUUUGUAAAGUCGAUCGAUUUUGAGAGAAAAUGUAGUACUCUAGCAAUAGAACAACUUGACUUUCAGAUUCGUAUUUAGGACGAGAAACACUAUAAAAAUCACUCAGUGGAUAUUGCAGAACAAAGUUCAUGUUGGAUAGUGUUAUUAAUGAAUAAUGCAUUAUACGGUCUAACAUUUUUAUAACAUCGUGUACAAAAUAGGUAAGGUAUUCAAACAUAAUUCUGUAUAAUUAACAAAGUAAUAGAUGUUUCUCUUUAUAAGUACUUUCUAUGGUAAUGAUAAGGUAGAUGGCAAGUAUAAAUAACAUCAGUCUAAAAUCAUUUACUAAAUCAAAGCCUUGUAAGAUUUUACGAAUAGUGCGUAAGAUACAGUAAUGAUUAGGUCAAAAAUACAUUUGAUUUUAAACUUUCACAUUUUUCAAACGACUUUCUUCGUGUCUAUAGUUUCGAUUUUUACAUAAAAAACAACCCGAUUAUAUCAAUGACACAUCAUCCCAUUUGCUCCAUCAACAUUUACGAAAUAUACUCUUUGAGUUUUUAGAUGACAUCCAUAGUAGAUAUGUAAUUGUACAUAUUUAUAAAUUUAGACCAUAGGAUUUAUAUUUGUAAUUCAACACGAUACCAUUUCUUACUUUUACGAAAUAAAGUUUAUUUUUGAAUCCCUGGGUAUAGUGGUUGAAUGGAUGGGUGUGCGAGUAGUCUCGAUAUGUGUAAACUGUAUCGUGUAUUGAGAACAAUUGCGUAUUAUGCGUUACCAAUUUGUGAUCUUGUACUAAAAAUACUGGUAAAAGGGUAUGCGCUGUACUAUGGGGUACUAUCUAACUUGAAAAAUUCUAAAUUUCUUUUCAAAUUUCAUACAACAUCAGAAAUGUUCUGCAAAUUUAUAAUAACGUAUCACGAUAUUCAUUUAAACGAUAAAAAUACUUUGAUAAAAUUAUUAAUCAGAUUCAAAUCUAAACGCAAACAAUUUGAACAUUCAUAAAAUAUGUGUUGAAAAGUAGACUAAAUUAACAUAAGAAAUGUGUAAAAAGGGAGGAUGGGAAAAUAUUUAAAUUAUUUAUCUGUUUUUAAGAAGUAUGUACUUUAUUUCAGUCGAAAUCGUUAUAUCCACACUAUGUGCUUACAUAGUUUUUCAUCUAUAUGACUAGUUCGAUUUCUUUUUUACAUGGUGAUGAUACAUAAAUAAGAAACAUUUUUAAUAAGUAAAAUAUAGAAAUACUGCUUCACAAGAUAUUUGUUAUCUCACAAACAUGGUUUCAUUAUACCACUAUUUCAUCAUAUAGAAUACCGCAACGAUUGCGUAUUUACAAAAUGCAACGUUUCUGUUCACUAAAACAGUAUAGCUGUUGGAUAAACAAUUAAUAUAAAUUAUCCGCGGUAUCUUCACAACUUGCUUUAGACUUUUUUAUUGUUAUUCAUCUUUUACCAAUGCUCACAUGUAAUUGCGGCUGUUAGUAGACAGUAAUUGUAUGAAAAACUGUUCUUAAUUAUAGAAAGAAAAUAAUCGUAACAUUUACGAAAAGGAGAAAAUAACACUAUUGUCAAGGAGAUCAAUAGCAUAUGAAUACUAGAAGCAGUACCUAGUAUCACUCAUUGUCAGAAUUAACUGAUGUGCCUUUCUGAUUCAGGGGUUGAGAACCUUCACAAUAUGUAUGUACAUUCGACGCCGUCUUAUUAAGAAGGGUUUAAACCCCGAUACCGUCUUAACUGCAAACUUCGUCAUAAACUUAUGUAUAAAUAUCUUGUUUCAUAAUAUAUGUCGCUCUAAUUA